CAAAGCCCUCCAAACAAUUUCUAUGAUAUUAUGAUAUCAUACAAACUCCCUUUCUACCUCCCACUCCUUCACGCUUUGUCUUCUCCCACACGCGCCAAGUCCCAUGUUUCUUCGAUAGCAGAUCGAUUUUCUUCAGGUUACUAAAGCCCCCCCGCUUUUUUUUUUUAAUAUACAAUUUUAUUGGCAUCAGACAGAUCAUCGGCCAUUUCUGCUAAAGAUUCUCGACCACUGCCAACACCCAGUUCACAACCUUCGCACACAAUGCUGUCUACCGCAACGAGGGAGGGGAUGAAGGAGCAGGUGGUGGAUAACCUGCCGAAGAGGAUAAAGGAGGUGAAAUUCGGGAUUAUGUGAGUUCCCUGCCGGCGCGGUGGAGUUUCUUGGUGCCGCUUUCUGACUCUGAGUCCCUGUUAGGUCACCACAAGAUGUAGUAAAGCAAGGUGUCAUAGAGGUCGCUAAGAGGGAGUUAUUCGAUCUAGAAGGCGGUGGGAGAAAGCCGAAACAGAACGGUGCGCUGGAUCCAAGAAUGGUGAGCUGUGGAGUUGCAGGGCGGUCUCUUUCGCCGUGGGCGUAAUGGGUGACUAACUCUCUUAUGUCGUCACAACUUAGGGAACGUCCUCGAAGUCUGGGGUUUGCGAGACUUGCGGCGAAGGCCUUACAAACUGCAACGGUCAUUUCGGGCAUGUCAAGCUGGCUUUGCCGGCUUUUCACAUUGGAUACUUCAAGGCGAUAAUAACUAUUCUUCAGAAUAUAUGCAAAGAGUGUUCUCGGGUCCUACUCGACGAUAAUCAAGCGAGAGCCUUCCUGGAGCGGCUACGCACGCCGGGCAUAGAUAACUUGCGCCGAACGAACAUCUGCAAGAAGAUUAAUGAGCAAUGCAAAAAAACUAAGGUCUGUUAUCACUGCGGUGUUCUCAAUGGUGUUGUCAAAAAAGCGGGGCCUCUCAAAAUCGUUCAUGAUAAGUUUAGAGCCUUCAAUACUUCCACCGCGGCCAAAAAGGUGCCGCCGGAAUCGAAAAUAGCCUUUGAACAGUCAUUCGAAGAAGCAAAAAAGACAAACCACGACCUGGAUAAGCAUCUCAAGAAGGCAAUGGAUGAUCUUAAUCCACUCAAAGUGCUCAACAUGUUUAGGCAGAUAUUGCCCAUUGAUUGCGAACUGUUAGGCAUGAACCCGCAGGAAGGUCGGCCAGAGAUGUUCCUAUGGCAAUACAUCCCUGCGCCGCCCAUUUGUAUUCGUCCUUCCGUCCAACAAGAUUCGGCGAGCAACGAGGAUGAUCUCACUGUUAAGCUCACUGAGAUUAUCUUCGUGAACUCAUUAAUUCGAACAGCACUUCAAAGUGGGGAAGCUAUUCACAUACUAAUGGUAGGCAACACCCACCCUAAGAGUGUGGACUCUGUUGUUAACUCUCGUAGGAGCGGUGGGACUAUAUGCAAGCCCAGAUCGCCAUGUACAUCGACAGCAGCCUUCCGAGCCUUCAGCGAAAUUACAGCGAUCUCAAACCGAUUCGUGGAUUCUGCCAAAGGUUAAAGGGUAAACAAGGUCGAUUCCGUGGUAAUCUUUCAGGAAAGCGUGUGGACUUUUCUGGGAGAACUGUCAUUUCGCCGGAUCCAAACUUGAGCAUCGAUCAAGUGGCUGUGCCGAUAUUGGUGGCCAAGAACUUGACGUAUCCGGAGAGGGUUUCUCGAUAUAAUAUCCACAAGUUGCAGCAACUGGUGCAGAACGGGCCAGAUAUGUGGCCAGGCGCCAAUUAUAUCAUCAAGAAAGAUAGCGACUUCAAGCUGUGGCUAAAAUUUGGAGACAGACGGCGUGCUGCAGAUGCGUUAGUUGAAGGAGAUAUCGUCGAGAGGCAUCUAGAGGACGGUGAUGUUGUGUUAUUCAAUCGACAGCCUUCCCUGCAUAAAUUGAGUAUUCUCAGCCAUUAUGUACGUCGCUCCCCAUGACAUGAAUCAUUUCCUACCGCUAACUUGUCGUAGGCCAAAGUUCGACCAUGGAGGACUUUCCGACUCAACGAAUGUGUCUGUAAUCCGUACAAUGCAGAUUUCGACGGAGACGAAAUGAAUCUACACGUACCCCAGACCGAAGAAGCGCGAACCGAAGCAAUAGAGUUAAUGGGCGUCAAGAACAAUCUCUGCACACCUAGAAACGGCGAACCUAUCAUUGCAGCCAUCCAGGAUUUUAUCACAGCUUCAUACCUCCUCGGCAGUAAGGAUAGGUUCUACAACAGGAAGACCUUUGCCAAUAUUUGUAUGUAUAUGGUUGACGGGGAUAUGCGAAUCGACUUGCCCCCACCGGCUAUUUUAAAACCCCAGAGACUCUGGACUGGAAAACAGGUAUUUAAUGUCCUUAUGCGACCAAAUAAUAAGAGCAAAGUUCUGGUCAAUCUCGAUGCAAAGUGUCGUGACUUCAAAGCCAUUCCCGGAAAAGCCCCAGAUAUGUGUCCCAAUGAUGGUUGGUUGGUCAUCCGUGGAUCGGAAAUCAUGUGCGGGCUCAUGGAUAAAUCAACUGUUGGCUCAGGGAAAAAGGACUCGGUGUUCUACGUAAUAUUAAGAGACUACGGACCAGACGAGGCUGUCCAGGCCAUGAACCGACUUGCGAAAUUGUGCGCAAGAUGGUUGGCAAAUCAAGGCUUCUCGAUCGGUAUAAACGACGUCCUUCCUGGUGCUAAUCUGAGGGGGGAGAAGGACAGGCUCGUAGAGCAAGCUUAUAAUGAGUGCGACGCACUCAUCUUGGAUUUCAAGGAAGGGAAAUUGGAGAAGCAGGCGGGUUGCGACGAGGAAGUCACACUGGAAAACAAAGUGCAGGGCAUUCUGAGCAACGUCCGUGACAAGGUGGGAGAUAUUUGUAUGAGAGAGUUGAGCAAGAAUAACUCCCCUUUAAUUAUGGCGAACUCUGGGUCGAAAGGUAAGAGCAAGUAUAUUGGAGGUUUACAAUGGCUGAUAUGUUUACGCCGAAUAGGUUCCAAAAUUAACGUCUCACAAAUGGUUGCUUGCGUAGGGCAACAGGUUAUUAGCGGAAAGCGUGUCCCGGAUGGAUUUCAGGAUCGUUCGCUUCCUCAUUUCCCUAAGAAUUGUAGGCAAUUCUGAAUUUAUUGACUCUGCACUCUCGCUAAUAUUUCUCCAUUAGCAAAACAGCCCCCAUCAAAAGGUUUCGUCAGAAACAGCUUCUACUCAGGGUUAACCCCCACAGAAUUUCUCUUCCACGCUAUAUCUGGUCGUGAAGGUCUGGUCGAUACUGCGGUCAAGACUGCCGAGACCGGGUACAUGUCACGUCGUCUAAUGAAAUCCUUGGAGGACUUGUCCGCCUCUUACGAUUACACUGUCAGAACGUCAUCAUCAGGCGUCGUUCAGUUCCAGUAUGGGGGCGACAACCUAGAUCCUGUCGCUAUGGAGGGAAACGCACAGCCGGUGAACUUCAACAGAACAUUCUACCACUGCGAGGUAAGUUCGCCGUUUCCCUCAAUGCGCUUCCUGCAGUGUCUCACCAACCGGGCUCACAGAAUAUCACUUUCAGCAACGCCGACAAAGGCCUUCUCCCAUACGAGUUAGUGUCACUUUGCGACGAGGUUUUGAGCCCAUUUCAGCAGAAACUACCCAGAAUAGAUCUACUCGGAAACGCAAUUCCAGACAAAGGCCUAACAGACAGAACCCUCGACGAACAUGAGAGCGAGCGGAGAUUCUACAAUUCCAUCCGAGAUUACAUGAUCGAAAAGGCACGCAAACUUGGCGCAUUACGUUUAAGAUACAACUUACCGUCACACGAAGAACCCCCAGACGCAGAUUACAUGGACGUGGAUGACUCCUACUUUGCAGGUAUACAUCUCUCCUCUGCCCCCUAAGAGAACCUGCGCUAACGCUGCUAAAGCCCACGACGUAAAUGCCGUAAACCGCAUCAUGAAAAUCUCGGAAAAACACCUUCGGGAAUUCCUCCGGCAGUGUCUAUCGAAGUACGAGAAGGCCAAGGUAGAGCCUGGGUCUGCGGUAGGCGCCGUUGGCGCUCAGUCGAUCGGUGAGCCUGGGACCCAAAUGACCCUCAAAACCUUCCAUUUCGCUGGUGUCGCCUCCAUGAACGUCACCCUCGGAGUUCCACGCAUCAAGGAAAUCAUCAACGCUUCUAAGGCCAUCAGCACGCCUAUCAUCACCUGCACACUAGUGACAGAAGACAACGAGCGAGCUGCAAGGAUUGUCAAGGGUAGGAUUGAAAAAACUUAUUUGGAGGAUGUAGGCUUCCCUCCUCCUUCUCGACGCAUACAAAAUCACUCGGUCCUGCCGGCUAACUCAACCCCACAUAGAUAAUAUCCUACAUAGAAGACGUCUGCUCCCGAGACGACAACUACGUCAGCAUCCGCCUGGACCAAGAGACCAUCAGCAGGCUCCAACUAGAACUAACCAUCGAUGACAUCGUCACUGCCCUCGUAAAAGCCAAGUUGAAAAUCAACCGUCAAGACAUCCGCGUAAUCGGCAACAGGAUAAGAAUCUACGUACACGAGAUGGCGGAGAAGGACCGGAAGCGCACAAAGGACGAGCCGGACGUCUUCCUACGCGUGCAGAAUCUAAAGCGUACGCUGCCGCGUGUGGCGGUGAAGGGGUACCCAAACGCCGCGAGGGCGGUGGUCAAGAAGGACGACAAGACGGGGAAGAACCAGAUAUUGGUGGAGGGCUACGGACUCAAACUAUGCAUGAACACGGAUGGCGUGGUGGGCACGAAGACGAAGUCGAACAGCAUCAUGGAGAUGAGGGAAGUUUUGGGGAUUGAAGCUGCUAGGUAUUUGACACCCCCCCCCCUCCUCGCUCCCUAACCAAUCUCUGAACGGCAUAGCUCAUGAUGAUGAUGGAUGAAUAGGGGCUCUAUAAUAGACGAAAUAUCAUACACCAUGCGCGAGCACGGCAUGGACAUCGACCCCCGCCACAUGCAGCUCCUCGGCGACGUAAUGACGUACAAAGGCGAGGUUCUAGGGAUCACGCGAUUCGGACUAGCCAAGAUGCGCGACAGCGUCCUGCAGCUCGCCUCGUUCGAGAAGACCACCGACCACCUGUUCGAGGCCGCCUUCCACAUGAAGAGCGACGCCGUUGAGGGCGUUUCCGAAUGCAUCAUCCUCGGCCAGUCCAUGAGCAUCGGCACGGGCGCUUUCAAGGUUGUCCGGAGGCUCAUGAUUGAUCCGCGCGACCUGGUGCCUAAAAAGUUGGUGUUUGAGGAGGCUUACGCGAAGGUGUACCGCCAUCCGAGCAAGAAGCUGGGUCGUGAACGGUGAUCUUUUUGAGGCCUUAGGAAGAUUCAGGGGUGCCAGAUGGAUAAUUCGUUAUCUAUGAUAGAAGUCGACUACUGGGAUUGAUUGUUAGGUACUAUCAUCGUAGGCAGAGCUCCAUGCAGCGCGACACCAGUGCGUACCCUACUAAAUUAAUACUUAGCUCUACUA